CAUGAUAUCCCCCAUGAUAUCCCCGGUCCAUCGGCGGCUGCUUUCCUCAACGCCUGCGCAUUGGCACAACAACCCGCUGGGCAUCCCCGCUGCAAAAUCAGCACCACCGUCGCUGCCUCGGGCUCACAAGGGGCUACCGGCUCGGACAAAGAUCCACGGCGUCGGCCACAUUGUUGCCGUUGCAUCCGGCAAGGGCGGCGUUGGUAAAUCGACGACAGCCGUUAAUCUCGCCGUGGCUCUGUCGACUCUGGGCAAGAGCGUCGGCCUACUCGAUGCGGAUCUGUUUGGGCCGUCGAUUCCCAAGAUGAUGAACCUGCAGGGCGAGCCAGAGAUUGUCCAACGACCGGGCGUGCCAAUAUCGCUUCUUCGCCCGCUCACCAACUAUGGCGUCAAGUGCAUGUCGAUGGGGUUCCUAGUCGGCGCUGAUGCCCCGAUCGUCUGGCGAGGUUUGAUGGUUAUGAAGGCGAUCGAGCAGCUCGUGCGGCAGGUGGACUGGUCCGACACCGAUAUCCUUGUCGUCGACAUGCCGCCGGGCACGGGCGACACCCAGCUCUCGAUCACACAGCUGGUGCCUCUCUCGGGCGCCAUCAUUGUGUCAACCCCGCAGGAUGUUGCUCUGCUGGAUGUCAAGAAGGGCAUCAACAUGUUCAAGAAGGUGGACGUGCCGAUCCUGGGUCUUAUCCAGAACAUGAGCUACUUUAUCUGUCCAAACUGCUCGCACCCGUCACACAUCUUUGGCAAGGACGGCGUCGCCCAGACCUCCAAGGACCUCAACAUCGCCAUGCUGGGCGAUGUGCCGCUCGAUGCCUCGGUCUGCGAGACCUCGGAUGCAGGACAGCCGAUCGUGAUUGCCCGCCCCGACAGCGAGCACGCCAAGGUGUACCGGUCCAUCGCCCAAAAGGUCAUCGACAAGCUCGGCAUG